AAGAAGUGGAUGAGAGGAGGGCAAGAGCAGUAUAUAAGACACAGUCCGCCUCGACUUCCUUUACACAGCCACUAGCUUCUCUUUUUCUUCAACGAAAGUAAAGGGAGCACUCUUCUGACACUCAGAAUGUCUACCCUGAACUCGGAGAACGCCUCCACACUGGAGAACGCCAUGCAGCUGAUGAUCCAGACCUUCCAUAAGUACUCUGGUAACGAGGGAGACAAAUACACACUCAGCAAGAGUGAGCUCAAAGAUUUGCUUACCCAGGAGCUAGGAAACUAUCUGGGGAAUGCACAGGACAAGGAUGCUGUAGAGAAGGUGAUGGGCGACCUGGACUCAAACAAUGACGGUGAGGUGGACUUCACAGAGUUCGUCAUCCUAGUCGGCGCACUCACCGUGGCCUGCAACGACUUCUUCCAGGAGUACAAUGCAGAGAAAGGUGCUAAGAAGGAGUAGACGCUGUUUCAUCUCUCUGAACUAAAGCUAACAAAUGACCACUGAAUGAAAAAAGGAAAAAAGGAAAAAAGCUGACAGAUUAAGGGAUAUAUGUGUAUACCAAUCUACGCACACCAAUACCACCAAUGUAUAAUUCUACACAUAAUGGGCCACAAAACACAUCUGUUGGUGGGCAGUGGUCAUACGGAAGUAAAAUAUAAAUUAGAGGGAGUGAAAUCCAGUCCAGUGAUGGUCAUUGUUGAUUAUGUGUAUAUUGUCACUUCAUUUUCCUUUCAUUUUUAUUAAAAACCUUUUUGUGUCUGUUCAUUAUCUUCAGCAUUAUAAUAAAGAUCACAUUUUAAAAGCACAAUUAAUUAUCCACUGUGAUUUUUGUCCUAUAUGACAAGUUUUUGUUUUGUAACUGGCAGAAGCUAUAGUUUUAACCUAACCCUUCAGU